AUGACACAACACAGUCAAACACUCCAGUCAAGCAACCGUAAUAGGGACUCCCAGGCCUGGGCCGUCGAAAUCGACGGCAAGAUCAGCUUCUUCGACAGGAGACUCCCAGAUUUCUUCACACAAUACAUCCCCUGCGACACGCCUUUCCCAGGGUACCGUCCAUGGGGUAACCCAUCUGACGUAUUUGAGGCUGUCCCUGUUGAUGUCAAAGAGACUGCGAAAUACCCGGAAUUGCUAGUAGGACUGAGGAGCCUUGUGCAAGAGUUUGAGCCGGAACGCAGACCCUUGUUUGCUGAAGGCAGUAGAUGUCGCGUCAAAUUUCCGUUUUCCACAUGGGAAGACGAGCGCAACUACACCAUGCCAGGCAUCCUGAUGUCGUUUCCCGGUGAACAAGACGAGGGUUGGGCCGGGACAUGGCAUGGUAUCUCAAUGGUAUUCGAGAUCAAGCGUACCAGAGGCGAAGAUCCGAUUGACGAGUACGGUGUGCGGUACGGCAAGCAGGCGACGGACGCACUGACGCAACUUGCGAAGAGCGCGCGGAACCUCCUGUCGACGCACGGGAUGCUCUUUGUGUACGUCGUCGGCAUCUACGGCGACACCGCUCGGAUCUACCGCUUUGACCAUGCAGCGUGCGUCGUCUCACGAUCAUUCGACUUCAAGGAGACGCCAUGGCCUCUCCACGAACUGCUCUGGCGUUUCUGUUACUACCAAGGGCCACGAGGAGGUGCCAGAGUAGCUAGCGCACCUCCGACAUAUAUGCUUAUUGGCGCGGAUCCGUCGGUUCAGCGAGCUACCGACGAAGACCUUAGGCUUGCAGAAGAGAAGUACGCGAAGGUGGGUACAGAACCGCUUACGCUCACCGACAAGCAAGCGUGCCGAUGGAUCACAGUAACAAGACACAGCGAGGACGGGACGGAGAUGGGAACGACAAGGUACCUAGCCUAUCGCAUCCGCUCUCUCAAUGCGCGACUCUUUUCGCGCGCGACGGCCGUCUGGGAUGCGCUCGAGGAGGGAACGUGGGAGCGCUGCGUGAUCAAGGACUCGUGGAGACAACUUGAACACGAUCGCGAGGAUGUUUUGUACGACCGAAUUCGCGGAUCGUUUCGAGAUCGACCAUGGCACGAAGUGCUCGAGGAUCAUGUCUUCAUGCACCGUAACGAUGGGCCUAAGGAGAAGCCAUCAAUUCCGACCGGACCCUUCCAGGUAGACGAACAAGGCUGCUCUAUGCUCCCACUAGAGUUAGAAGAGAUGCUGGUCGACGCAGCGCUGGAUCCUACGAUCGCAGAGCUCUACGGACUGCCGGAGAUAUCGUAUAGCGAUGACCUUGGAGCGCGCGAGGCGAGCAAAGCUCUGCGUCCGGACUCGAGCAACGCUGCUGGUAACCGUGGCAGCACCGGUAUUGUGUUACGGGACCCGAAAAAUGCGAACUACUAUGAACGGAGCCACAUGCGGGUGAUAAUGAAGACGGUUGGCCGGCCUUUGUCCUCUUUCAAAUCGACGAAGGAGCUUGUCCGUGCUCUCCGGGAUGCUAUCAUUGGACAUAGGCAGGCAUACCAAGCUGGCGUCAUUCAUCGAGACAUCAGCGAAGGCAACGUGAUGAUUUGCGAUACGUCGAUCGCUUCCUUCACUGGCUUCCUUCUCGAUUUUGACUAUGGGUUCGAUUGGAAGGCCGCGCUGAAGCAUGCGGGGUUGCCAGUUACAAAGGCCAGCUGGAAGACAUUCGUCGAGAAAUAUAAUGAGAGUCUGCCCUAUCGUCACCGACCGGCUCCGCCUGAACAGCAACCCGUCCUGGACCCUCAUGACGCAGACGUUACAAAUCCGGAGGCCAAGGCAGCUCGGGAAAAGUGGGAAGUGAGGAUGAAGAUGAGGGAAAGAACGGGUACGCUGGAUUUUAUGGCCAUGGAGAUUCUGCACUCCUAUCUCGCGCACGAUGUUCGCCAUGAUCUGGAGUCGUUCUUCUGGCUCUUACUAUGGAUUGUUUCCCGACAUACAAGCAACACGAGCUAUCCGACCUAUGGAGUCUACCUGGACGUCUUCGAUACGCAUCAAGAGAAAUCGAGUGCGGCAAAGAAGAUAACGUUCCUCAUGGAAUCAAUGCCAUUCCAAGUGAAGGAUAACAAGCCAUUGACGACCCUCCUCCGUGAUUUCAAGCAGCUCUGCCUCCACAACGUUCCGAGGGGAGGCGAAGAUCCAUCAACUAUAGUUCCUCUCACUUACGAGAGCGUGCUAGCAGUGUUCGACAAGGCCCUUGCCGACCCGUCUUGGCCAGAGAGCGACAGUGCGCUGCCGUUCAAGCUUCCACGAGACGAUAACAGUUCGGAACCGGGGCAAGACACAAACGGCAGCUCUGCAGGGUCGCCUCGGGAUAAUAAACGCGCGAGGGAAGCUGACAGUGAGGACGAGGGUGAUCUUGCAAUGCCCCAGCGUGCUCCCAAGAGAAUACAGGUCGAGUGA